CUGAAAAGGAUGCCAAAUCAAACACCAACAACAAGUCUCAAAAAAGGGCCUACGAUCUACCAACUACUGCUGUUAGCUACCAGUGGAGAUGAGCACUCAGCAGAAUAGUGCCUUGGUGAAAGAUAUACUGACUACAGCCUUCACUUCAACUUCUUUUACAAGCUACGAUAGAACAACCAAAUCUCAACCUACCAAUCUAUCCAGAUCCAACAAUGACUCCAAUCGUGACAAAAAAGUGAAAGACUACAUAAAUGUGUCGAUUGAUUAUUUUCUACACACAAUAAUCCCUCAAUUAAAAUCCUUGAAUUACUCCAAAAUUUUCCUAUUUCUCUUUAGUUUUUACAUUUUAAAAUUUAUUUAUGCUAAUUUCUUUAGAAUAUCCUUUAUUUUAUCCACAUCAUGGCUAAUUAUCUGUUGCUUCCUUUAUAAAAAGUACAAGUCUCUAGUUGAUCCCAACGAUGACUACAGAAUUAACAAUGAUACAUUUUUUCUUUCUAAUCGCGAUUCUCAAAUUUCUAUUCCCAAAUUUGCCUUUCUUAAAAAAAAAAAUUGGAAUAUGGAAAUCAACAAACUAUACUAUAAAAAUCCCAAGCUUGACCAACCAAUGUUUCCUGAUUCAUUUAUUAUAUCUGAUACGUUAGAUGACAUUAUUAACUUCAUUUUAAGGGAUUUCGUAUUAAAGUGGUAUUCGAAUAUAAAUAAAAGCGUUAACGACUCCAAUGAUAAUGACCAAUUUAUUAAUGAAUUAAAGCUACUUAUUCAUCAAGCGAUAAGAGUAUUUAAAAUAAGAUUAGCAAAUGUUGAAUUUGCAGAUUUAGUGAUUUUGAGAUUAUUACCAAUUAUCGAUGAUCAUUUUACAAAAUUUGUGCAAGCUGAGAGUUUAGUUAAAGGUGGCAAAUCAAACGCUACUCAUAGAUUUUUAAUGAGCUCAAAAUCUCAGGCAUAUCAAAAUAAAGCAUUGACAGACACAAAUGAAUUAGAUUUAAUUGUGGCAUUAAAUUAUAAUCGAGGAAAGUUGCAUCCGGCUGUUAAUAACUGUAAAAAUUCUUUAAAAUUCAAUCAAAUCGAUAGAAAGAAAUGGUUAAGAAAUAAAGUAAGUCGAAUUCUACCCUAUUUACUUCCAAAACAAAUAUGCGAGUCACCCCCAACAAUUAUUUUGGUUAGGGAGAUUUUAGCAAACUGCUGUAUAUUUCCAGCAUUGGAUGUUGUUACUGAAGCAGAUUUUUGGAACCAAAUGAUUGUUAAAACGGUUGGCGAGACAUUAAAAGAUAGAAGCCAAGUUAUUCAGUUAAGAGCUGCGCUAGAAGAACAUUCAAAGGGACCAUCUGAUAAUGACAAACAAUCCUCUUCAAAUAAUGGGCUAAAUAGUGGAACGGUUAACAAAAAUGAUGAUUCAGGAAUUGUCAAUUUAUUGGAUUAUAAGAUAACAAUGAAAACUUAUCAAUCUUCUUUUGAAAAGUUUUUAAAGAGAAUAAACAAAUCUUCUUCUUCUUCCGAAUUGAAGCAACUAAAGUAUUACAUUAAUGUUCAAUUAAAAGUUGCUAUGCGAAAGCAAAACAAAAGAUUGGCUGCGUCUCAAAUAAAAAGAACGGAAUUAUCUAAUACAGUUGGUGGAUCCAAUAAAGACAAGAAUAGCACAAACCAAAUUUAUGAUGAAAAAUUAAAAGUAUAUAUUGAGAGACUUGGUUUGGCUAGAAAUGCUAUUAAUGAUAGAUUGACUGAAUUGAUAAAUAACAUGAAACUUUCUAAUACAAACCCGGCGAUAUUAGGAUUUGAUUCAGAACUAGAAAAUAGUUCAAUAUCUUCUCCAAUGCACAUGAAAAGGAAUUCAAGUUAUUCAUCAAGUUUGAAUAUGCUAUUAACCAACAAUUCUAUGAAACAAGAUCCAAGAGAGCACUUGAAAUUAAUGAGCAUUUUAAAUGACCCAUCUUCUUUAUCUUUCUUUAUGGAGUUUAUGGAACAAAAGGAUCGAUUGAUGCUUCUUCAAUUUUGGUUAAUUGUGAAUGGGAUCAAAAAUCCCCUUGAAGCCGAUCCAACUACAGAGGACUUUAAUGUACUAUUUGAAGAAGAUGAUGAUGUAUAUGUGGAAAAAAUUAUUGAAUCCAUCGAAAAUAACGAUAACCAAUCUCUUUUAAACUUCCCAGAAAGAUACUUGAAAAAGGCAUCUUCAAAAGUGCAUGAUGAAAGCGAUUUUUCCAACUUUUUCUCACGAAAUCAAGCUUCAUUCCAAGACAUUAUUUUAAUUUUUAACACCUAUUUUUUAAAUCCUUCAAAUAAAAAAAUUUUAAAUAUCACGAACCAAAUAUAUCAAAAUGUUGAAGUAUUUGCCCAGUAUAAUCAAAUAUUAAAUUCUUUAGAUGAAAGUUCAAAGUAUAAGAUAGUAGCAAAUAUUAAUUUAAUUCUCAAAAAUCUUUAUGCAAAAGCUAGAAGCUCUGUUCUUUAUUUGCAACUGAAAGCCUUUAAGUUGAUGGAUGAAAAGGAUCUACCAGUUUUCAAAAAAUCUGAUAUAUUUUUAAAAUUAUUGGCUUCUGAUAGUGGCAAAUUUAUGUUUUCCGAUUCAAAUAGUAUGAUGAAUGAAAGUAUAAUUAAUUCUAACGAUUCUGUAAUAAGAAUGAAUGUUGCAAAAUAUGCAACUAUUGAAAGUGAUGAUGAAUAUUUUAAUGAAAAUAACGAUUUUGAAUACAAUCCUCUUUUAAAUAAUAAAAACAAUAACAGAAAUAGUACGGGUAGUAAAAACAACAGCGAGAAUGAAAAGAACGUUAGCGAAGACGUUAUAAAUGCAAUGGAGCAUGCUUUGACUGAAAUCGUCAAGAAUACUGAUAAUUUUGAUGCAAUUUCAUUGAAAAAAAAUUUAUUACCUAAAAGACAAAAAUCCACUUCAAGGAAAAAAUCCAUUUCGAAACCAUCCGAAACUCGAAGUUUUGAAAGUAAUGAAUCUCAAUCCAGUAAUAAUUCGAAAUCACUGAAUAAUGAUUUUGAAUAUGAUACUAUUUUCGGGAAUGAAAACUCAGAAUUGUUUGAAAGUGAAUUUAGAGACAACAUGACUAUUUCAACAGGAAAUAAGACUGUCACAAAUGACACUAAAAGUACCUUAAAUUUAGUCAAUACACAGAACCUGGAUGAUGAUGAUGAUGAUGAUGAUGAUGAUAAUAAUAAUAAUAAUAAUAAUAAUAAUAAUAAUAAUAAUAAUAAUAAUAAUUUAAACAGUAACUCUGACAAACACAAUUUUGAAAAUGAAAGAUUAGCAAACACAACUGAUAGGUCCAAACUUCAAUCAAUGAUGAUUGAUGAAUUACUACUAAAUGAUGACGAAACAGAUGAUAGCGAGUCUGUAAUGUCUGGUGUCAUAAGUUCUGAAAGUGGUGAUGUUGAGUCAGCUCAAUUGCAUCUUGCAGCGCCUGGCGAUCUUAGUCUUAAAGAGGAAAUAACUAAGCUAGCUAAUGAUAUUGAGAAUUUGAAUAAGCAAAUGGUCAUUCUUAAUCCUUUAUUAAAAAAAGCGGAAUUAACUAAUAAUGUUACUGAGUUAAGAAUUCUUAAAAAGUCCAAAAUGAGUUUAGAAAGAGAGAUCCAUAUUAAAGAACUUCAAAAACAGCAAUAUAUUGUUCAGGAAAAUGAUAAUAGUUUGUAUGGAAAAUCCAGAGUUUCUAUUCAAUCCUGUAUAAACGAUUACGAUAAAAGUGGAAAGCAGUUUACUUUAUAUAUGAUAGAAGUUCAAAAACUAUCAACUGAUAAUAAAACAGUCACAGCAGGCUGGAUUGUUGCAAGAAGAUUCAAUCAAUUUUACAAACUACAUGAAUAUUUUAAAAAAAUGUAUCCAAAUGUGAGAGAUUUAAGAUUUCCGAAAAAGAACGUUUUAGUAUUAAAUAAGAUUCAACAGGAAUUUGUUAUUAAAAGCAGAAGAAAGCUCCUUGAAAGGUAUUUGCAAGAUUUAUUAAAGCUUCCAGAAGUUUGUCAAAACAGAGCGUUUCGAUUGUUCUUAUCAUCAGAAGAUUUUAACAAUGAUAUAUUUAAAAAGAAAUCUCUUUACAAUUUGAAAGAAGCGUAUAAUAAUUCUGAGGUUACAGAUAUACAUUCGACAGGAUUCAAUGGUAAAACAAUAGAAAAUGUUACGACCAAAUUAUUCAAUAGUAUCAUAAACGGGCUAGACUAUUUGAAUAGUGGUGUUGUAAAUCCCAACAUUCAUAACGAGCAGUCUGGUUCAGCUAAUAUUGAUCAAUAUAGUGAAGAAGUUAAUGCUAUGCAAAACGAAUUGGAAUCUUAUAUGGAAGAUAAAACCACUUUUGUCAAACCAAUUUGUGAUUUGUUUUUAAGUUUUUUUGGUUUGCGACACUCUAAUAGCUGGAUUAGAGGAAGAGCAAUUUUGGUAAUUUUACAACAACUAUUGGGAAGCACAAUUGAGAAGAAAACGAGAGAAUUUUUCAGACUGUAUAAAAAUGAACUACAGGUUAUGAACUUGUUGGGAAUGUUCAAAGACACACUUUGGCCUAAAAAUACAUUCUUCUUGGAUGAUGAAGGUAGAGUUGAAAGAACAAAAAUUGAGAAGAUGCAUGCAAAAUAUGAAGCUAAAAUUCUUUUAGAAACAAUUAUAACUGAUUUUGCCGGAACAAUUGUCGGAAUGUCUAAUUCAAAAUAUGCAGCAUUCGAGGUGUAUUCAAUGCUUCAAAACGAGAUAUUGAAUAAUCAUUUAAUAUAUGAACUUUUUGAUGAAAUACUUGGAGAAGUUUUUCCAGAAAUUGGUUUUAAUGAUAAUGAUGGAAAUUUAUGAAACUCAAAUUCAAAUUCUUUUUAUAUUAUUUUUUAUUUUAUUUUAUUCUAGUUUCCAUUUUUUUUAAUUUUUGACCAUCAAUUAUUAAUUGGUCUUUUUUUAUAUAUGUAUAUAUUUAUGGUGAUAGUGUUUUUGUGGUUAUUUUAAAAGGAGAUCCUAAUAUAUUGCUUUUAGUUGCUCAACUUUGUUUUUCAGAAAUACUGGGUUACAUGAUUUUUUUAAUUUAAUUUAAUUUUUUAUCGCUUUAUAUAUUUUUUUUGUUUUAGUUUUGUUUUUUGGAAUCUAAAAAUUAAAAAAAAAGAAAUAAAACGAAGAGAAAAAGGCAUU